AGAUCAUGUGGUCACCUACCAAGCAACAGCUUGCUAACUGCUUGACGAAGACAGGGACUUCUGCACUAAAUCUGCUGAGGGCCCUCAGCGAAGGUAUAAUGCAUCUUAAAGGCUAAAUGAUCUUGACAAUAGACUACAGGCACAGCCCCUUGUAUGGUGAGAUGUGUCAGUGAUGACAGAUGUCGAGGCGAUGUUUGAGCGCUUCAUCGCGUCCCGGCGCUCGGGUCGCAGGAAUGCCGUCCUCCCGGUCUACGUCCCGGCAAACCUGGUGGCCGAUACCACCACUUCCGCCUCCGCCAUGGAGCUGUCACAUGACCUGGCCCAGCUCAGCAUUGACAAGUCAGGAGACGAGGGAGAAGAUCCUGAGAAUAGUCCAAACCCCACAGCUGAAGAAGAAGGAGAAGAAGAAGUUGAUAAGGGGAACUGAUACUGCGCUUUUUGCUAUCCGACUGAUCUAGACAUUUCUAGAGAGUGUUUCAAACAUCCCUUCAUCACCGCACCUUGCAGUCCACCUCCCACGGGACCACUGACCACUGUUUCCGGGGUCCAUGUCUUCUCCUGUCACUGACUUUGCAGCAUGGCCGCUGGUUCUUUUCUGGUGUCUACUAAACUGUAGGGAAUGGAGGACAGAAGAUAUUUGGGUGGUUCAGAGUGCUGGAGAUAAGCUUAACGGCUUAAUGUACAACCAAUACCUUGCUUGAUUUAGGAUUAAAGGGCCAGGGGAACAACUCCUUUAAGUGGAGGCAAGUGUGUACAAAGUCCUGUCCUAGAGACAAUGUGAAAGUCGUCAUGUCAGAGAACUUUGACUUUGUGUCAAUCAACUCUUGGCUCUCCCAGAAUAAUAAAUAUUUCUAUUUGCGUGUGUUAUCCAUUUGUUAUUGAGUUAAUAUUCAGAAACAGAUACAUGCAGGUUAUAAACAUACUGGAAAUGUUUCUCUAUACUGUAAUUUUCACUUGAAAUACUUUUCAUGUUUCAAUUUUAUGAAAAGGGUUUGAAAGAUAAUUUCAUGAGUUUAAUACCAGCAGCAUUUCUCUAAAGGAACAUUUAUCCUCUUUGGGCGCCAUCAGGGAUGUCUUGAAGACAUGUGAAAUCGACUGUAAAUUGUAUCGAAUUAAGGGAUAUAUUUGCACUUCCUGUGUUUACAAUAUCAACAUAUAUUUUACACAGAACGAAAUGAUUUUCUAUUUUUGUUACUGUUUGUGUUUAUUGUCUUGUUAUUUGUCUUUAUUUGCUCUCUUUUGUAUACAUCUCACACUUCCAAAGAAAGUAAUGUUGCGUGAAAAAGUAUGAUCAUAAUCAACUCCCCCGGUUUCUCAUUUGAUUCCCUCAGAAAAGUCCUGCAUUAUGUCUCUUCUUCCAAACAUUGGUCACUGGUGACUGUCUGAGUUGGAGUAUGUCUGUAAAUGUGAAUGAUUUAUAAAUAAAAUAGAUUGAAAAAUA